UUCAAGUGAUUAGGAAAAUUUGAGCAUUUAAAUUGUUACUAAUAGAAUUGAAUCAGUUGAAAACAUGGCGUCUCAAAAAUCAAAGCAACACUUAUCUGACUAUGUAGAUCACUUCGAGGAGUACAUGCGUGUGAAUCAUCCAAAGGUGUUAGAACACAUUAAAAAGACAUUUAAUCCAUCUAAUAAACAUAGUAAGGACGCUGUUCAAAAACAUAAAAAAGGAGAUCCAACUUCACCAUCGAUUGUAAUUGAAGUGGCAUCUACAUCAACAAAAAAAGAUAUCGCUCCUUCUACAAAUAAUAUAGAGCAAAAUGAGUCAAAUAAAGCAAAAAUUACUCGUAAUGAUGAUUCAUCACAUAAGAGUAAAGAAAAUGUUAAAAAAAUUUUCAAAGGUGAUUCAAGUUUGACGGUGUCAGUAGAAAAAAAUAACGAUGAAGUGCAAACAGUUAGAAAUAAAAUAAAAUCUAAUGGAAAUUCUGAUGAAGAGGUUGAGUCAAAAAGGCCCAAAAUGAGUCAUAAUUAUAAUUCUACGAGAAGAUUAAAUGAUCACGAUAAAAAAGAUUUAUCUCCAAACAUACGUGAGCUAGAAAAAAAUUAUUGUGAAAAGAAGAAAGAACUCGUAAGCAAAACUAAAUAUGAUAAACAAGACUAUGAUGGAGUGCAAUUAAUUGAUAAUUAUGAAGGGAAAUCAAUCAAUAGUGACACGAACCGAAUGAAAAACGCCACAAUUGAUCACCAACCACAUUAUCACUCCCACUCCUCUCAAAGAUAUGACGAUGAUUUGAGACAUGCUUCGUCUUCUAAGUUCGUCUCGUCUCCGGAACCCGGAGAAAUAGAUUAUCACACAAAGAGCAGACACGAAAACAGAGAGACACACGCAUAUCGCUUACAAGAAAUAGAAAUCGAUAAAGUAUCACGAAAAUCACCAUCCAAGAGAUACAAUGGAAAACAUGACUACAAUUAUUAUUCUUCAGAUCAAGCAUCUCGUGGAACUUUUUCGUAUGAAAGAUAUAGGGACACAGAGAAAGCAUUUUGGAUUCAUGUGGGCAGAUGUGAGCUAUCAACUACAGAAAAUGAUGUAAAAGAACUGUUGAAAGAAAAGUUUCCAACGUACCACUUUGAAUGCGAAAAACAAAAAAUAAAAGAAGGUGAUUUCAAUGCUAGAUUUAGAGUACGUGUUCCUAGAGAAUUAGAAUCUGAAAUAUUAUUAUCAAAACAUUGGCCUGAAGGCAUUUUGGCUACAAAAUUUAUGAAUUUCAGACCACCAGGAACAUUCAAAAAAAUGUAGAAACCCUUUUUACAUAUAUCACUUCUAAAACUAACACAGAUUUUAUACGAUGAGAUAUGUAUUUUCUCAAAUUUUAAUCUACAGGUAAAGUUUUGGCUAGGUACUAUAAUCUUAAGAUGUCA